CUUUAUUUAGGGAUGUUCAGAUCGAUUAAUUAUAAUGAAAAAUCAUUAUGACACUUUGGGUUUAGAAAGGAAUGCUUAACCUAACCAAAUCAAGAAAGCCUAUCAUAAAUUGGCCCUUUAGUGCCAUCCAGUAUUAACUUGCUGAUGUCUUUUUAGGAUAAGAAUAGUGAUUUUAAGGCAACUGAUUAAUUUCACUAAAUAAACGAAGCCUAUAAUACUCUAUCCAAAGAAGAAUCAAAAUCAAAAUAUGACAAAAGACUCUAAACCAGAGAAAAUUUGAAUGACCUGUUAAACUAUAUUAAAUAGUAAUAGGAAGAACCAUUUCUCAAAUAUGAUAUAAGAGAUGAUUUUAUAUCUAAAGAAGAUCGAGAAUUCUUAAGAAAAUUUUCAAAUAAACAAGACAUAGAAACAAUUAAAAAAAAGAGAAUUCGAAAAAAAUGA